AUGUCUGAAGAGGACAAGAAGACCAACACCGGCAACCUUACUGACACGGUCACCGGCACCGCUCAGUUCGCCACAGGCAUCCUAGGCAACACAGUUGGCGGCUUGGGCCGCACUGUCGGCGGAGUUGCUGGUGCGGCAACUCGAGGCCUGGGAGGCACUGUGAACAGCGUCACCGGAGAUGCUGGCAAGCCUGUGGGAGACGCCGUGAGCUCCAUUGGAACGGGAUUGGAGGGGGGCUUGAAUACUGUUGCCAAAGGAGUGGAGGAUGCAGGGCAGUGGAAGAAGCAGUAA